AUGCAAAUUCGGGGAAAAAACCAGCGGAGGAUAUUUGCAUAUUCCAUACACGGCAGAAAACCAGCGGUAGAGAGAAUGUAUUUUCACUUGGAGGGAGAACACUCUGUUUACUACAGAGAUCACGAGCAAGUUGGUGAUGUUCUCCUCAAACCAAGUGUUACCGAAUCAAUGUUUACAGCUUGGUUUGAGGCAAACAAUAGUUUUGAAGAGGCAAGGCUUUUAACUUACGGUGACUUUGUUUCUAAAUUUGUUUAUCAUAAACGGAGUAGGAGUUGGAAGCCAAGGAAAAGAGGGUAUACCAUUGGUCGUCUUUGUUGGGUGCCUCAAUGCUCAGGUGAAUUGUUUUAUUUAAGAAUGAUGUUAACUGUUGUUAAAGGGCCAUUAUGUUACAAUGACAUCAAGAAAGUUGAUGGUGUUCAACAUAAGACUUUUAGAAAGGCAUGUUUUGCUAUGGGUUUCCUUCAAGAUGAUCGAGAAUUUAUUGAGAUACUUCCAAGUGCAUUAUGUCCAUCAAGUUAUCUCAAAACACUGACAUAUAAUAUUCAUACUGAAUUGACACUUACCGACGAGGAACUUCAACAGCUGACUUUGAUGGCUAUUGAAACACUAUUACAAAAUAACAACAAAACAUUGAAAGACUAUAAGCCAAUGCCAUAUCCGAAAGAUUAUGUUGUUUCCUUCUCGGGUAAUAGGCUUAUUUAUGAUGAGCGUCAAUAUGAUCCUAUUGCUCAACAACAACUAUUUGCAGGGUUAUACGGUUCUCUAACAGAUGAGCAAAGAAGCAUUUUUGAAGAGAUCAUGGAAGCUGUAGAGAAACAAAGAGGCGGCGUGUUCUUUUUAUAUGGAUACGGUGGGACCGGAAAGACUUUUAUGUGGAACACUUUAUCAGCGGCACUUAGGUCUAAGAAAAAAAUUGUCUUGCCUGUUGCAUCAAGUGGGAUUUCAAGUUUGUUGUUACCAGGUGGAAGAACAGCUCAUUCUCAGUUUAAGAUUCCAGUCCCUACUUUAGAUUCUUCAAUUUGCAACAUUAACAAAAAAGAUGAUAUUGCUGGGCUUCUCAAAGUGACGGAUCUAAUAAUAUGGGAUGAGGCUCCUAUGGCUAACAAGUAUUGUUUUGAGGCACUUGACAAGUCAUUGAAAGAUAUUAUGAGUGGAUCAACACAUGGUCAAGAUAAGAUUUUUGGAGGUAAGGUUGUUGUUUUUGGUGGUGACUUCAGGCAAAUUCUCCCUGUAGUACCAAGAGCUACUUCUACAACUGAAGACAUUAGGGCAUUUUCUGAAUGGAUUUUACAAAUAGGUGAUGGGACAAUGUGCGAGCCCAAUGACGGUUAUGCUGAUAUUUGUAUUCCCGAAGAGUUUUUAAUUGCUAAUUUUGAAGAUCCUAUUAAAGCUAUAGUAGAGGAUACAUACCCUGAUCUUAUUCAUAAUUAUCUUGACUCCAACUAUCUUCAAAGUCGUGCAAUUUUAGCAUCAACAAUUGAGGUGGUGGAUGAUAUCAACCAAUAUAUCACAACUCUUAUUCCAGGGGAGGAGAAGGAAUAUUUUAGCAGUGAUUCAAUUGACAAAUCUGAUGCAAAUAACUUUGAUGGAUACGAGCAUGUCACACCCGAGUUCCUUAAUGCACUCAAAACAUAUGGAUUGCCAAAUCAUUCUAUUAAGUUGAAAGUUGGUGCGACCAUCAUGCCAAUGCGCAACCUAGACCAAUCAGAAGGCUUGUGCAAUGGAACACGACUAACAGUGACUAGGCUUGCUAACCACGUCAUUGAAGCUAAAAUCAUUUCUGGUAAAAAUGUUGGUAACAUCAUUUAUAUUCCAAGAAUGUCUUUGUCGCCUUCCCAAUCACCAUGGCCAUUUAAAUUGGUGAGAAGACAAUUUCCAAUCAUUGUCUCAUUUGCAAUGACAAUAAACAAGUCUCAAGGACAAUCUCUUGACCAUGUUGGGUUAUAUUUACCUAAAGAAGUAUUUAGCCAUGGUCAAUUGAGAACAAUUCAAGCAUAUGGUGCUGGUUUUGAAGUUGAUAUGGUGCUGGUUUUGAAGUUGGAUACUUUCACAAAUAUUUAG